GGAUUCGGCUUGCUGAUUGGUCAAGAGAAAUGGAAUCAGAUGACGUAUUAGUUCCGGGUUUGUGUGAGUUAAGAAGAGGUAACUGUCGGUCAUUGUGAAUGGAGACACGACUGGCCGGGUCUCAACUGCACAAGUUCAAGACUUAACAUCUGGCGGACAGUGGACCUUCUAUUUAAUUCAGUACAUUUCCUGCUCUGACGGUUCUACUCAUUACUUUUUAAAAAGACCAGCACACUGAAGCUGGACUUGUGCAUCACUUACUCUCCACCCCUACCCUCCUACCUCUAGUAGCAGUAUGGGUCAUCAGUCAAACACUGUCCAAUCUAUCAUCCUUUUUCCAAUCCACCUACUGGUGUGGCUGUACUCCAUCCUUUCCUUCUUACCAUGGUACUAUAUCACUGGGGCUGGCCAAAGGAAUACUCUGGCCAAGCGGGUCAAGGCCCGCUCCAAAUCAGGCCAUGCGGAGGGACCAUACCGCUCUGUGGACCACUUUGACACGCUGGCCAAGGUGGACUGUCCCGGCAAAGACACACUGGAUAAGUUGUUUGAUUUUGCUGUGGAGCGCUUUGGAGAAGCUCCCUGUCUCGGCACCAGAGAAGUACUGAGUCAGGAAAACGAGAUACAGCGCAGUGGGAAAGUUUUCCAAAAGCUGAUUCUCGGUGAUUAUAAAUGGCUAUCCUACAAUCAAGUGGAUUCUCUUGUCAGUCAGUUCGGAAGAGGACUUGCUGCCCUUGGCCAGAAGCCAAAAAACACAGUUGCUAUCUUCUGUGAGACCCGAGCAGAGUGGAUGAUAACAGCCCAAACAUGCUUUAGGCACAACUUCCCAUUGGUGACCUUCUACGCCACGUUGGGCGAGGAUGCGAUUGCCUUUGGACUGAAUGAAACCGGAGUUUCACAUCUUGUUACUAGUGUGGAACUGCUGGAGUCCAAGCUGAAAAAUGUGCUUCCACAGAUCCCAAAACUUAAACACAUUAUUUAUGUGGACAAGAAGAAGGUGACCACAGAGGACUAUCCAGCAGGACUCCAAAUCCACAGCAUGCAAGCUGUGCAAGAUCUUGGCGCACUUCCUGAAAUGGGGCAGGAGCUUGUGAAACCGCAGCCCUCGGACCUGGCGGUGAUCAUGUACACCAGCGGUUCCACUGGCCGACCCAAAGGAGUCAUGAUUGUCCACAGUAACCUUAUCGCCGGAAUGACUGGCCAGUGUGAACGCAUCCCAGGACUUGGCCCUAAUGACAUCUACAUCGCCUACUUGCCUUUGGCCCAUGUGCUGGAAAUGACUGCCGAGAUCUCCUGUGUUACUUAUGGAUGUCGGAUUGGCUACUCUUCCCCACACACACUGUCUGAUCAGUCCUCCAAGAUAAAGAGAGGAAGUAAAGGUGACGCCACUGUGCUGCAACCAACAUUGAUGGCAGCUGUGCCAGAAAUUUUGGAUCGCAUCAACAAGAACGUGAUGAGCAAAGUGCAGGAGAUGAGUUAUGUACAGAGGAUGCUGUUCAACCUUGGCUACCAAUACAAACUGAAGCAGAUCAGGCAAGGCUACGACGCGCCGCUCUGCAAUACCCUGUUGUUCAAGAAAGUGAGGAGUAUUCUGGGAGGGCGGGUGCGCCUGAUGCUGUCGGGAGGCGCUCCUCUGUCCCCUGCCACACAGAGGUUCAUGAACGUCUGCUUCUGCUGCCCUGUGGGACAAGGAUACGGCCUCACUGAAACCUGUGGAGCAGGCACCAUCAGCGAGGUUGCAGACAACAGCACGGGUCGUGUCGGAGCACCACUCAUUUGCUGUGAGAUCAGACUGCGGGACUGGGCUGAGGGUGGCUACACCAGCAAAGAUGAGCCCAACCCAAGAGGCGAGAUCCUGGUUGGCGGCCCCAACGUGACCAUGGGCUACUUCAAGUACGAGAGCAAAGAGGAGGACUUCUUUGUGGACGAGAGCGGUCAGCGAUGGUUUUGUACAGGAGAUGUUGGCGAGGUUUACCCAGAUGGAUGUCUGCAGAUAGUCGACCGUAAGAAGGACUUGGUCAAACUGCAGGCGGGGGAGUACGUGUCUCUCGGUAAGGUGGAGUCUGCUCUGAAGAACAGCUCCCUCAUCGACAACAUCUGUGUUUACGCCAACAGUGACCAGAACUACGUCAUCAGCUUUGUGGUUCCUAACCAGAAGCGUCUGAUGGAAAUGGCAAAGCGGAGAGGAUUAGCCGCUCCGUGGGAAGAGCUGUGCACCCACCCUGACAUGGAGAAAGAAGUUCUCGGGGAGAUCAAGCAAGUUGCCGCCAACAUUAAACUCCAGCGGUUUGAGAUUCCCGCGAAGGUCCACCUGAGUCCCGAGCCAUGGACGCCCGAGACCGGUUUGGUCACGGACGCAUUCAAGCUGAAGCGUAAAGAGCUAAAGAACCACUAUCUCCACCACAUCGAGAGAAUGUACGGCGGCAAGUAGCACCUCCAUGCGCUUAGUGCAGCCUUCACUUGUCUGUAAAUAGUUUUCUUGUUAACUUAUGUCGGCUUCCAAAAGCACAUAAAUGAAAACAUGCACAGCGGGGAAAGUUGUAAAUGGUUGUAGCCGUCAUGAGUAGAAUAGACUCGUCUAAAGACGUGUGGAAGUAGCUGCUUUUUGAAAAGGUGUGUUGGUACUUUGUGUUACUAAUGCCGUGUUAUGGAAAUAUUAAUGCUUUUGUAGUUUGAGUACUGCUGAUGUUACUGUGCCUUCAGUCUGCAGCUCUCCAUAACUACCAGUUACACUGUUUAAAACUGCCAUAUGAGAAGUUUACAUGGUCACUAUACGGAGUCAUGCUUGACAACGGUCACUUAAUUUAUUCUGGCUAAAGUCGUUUUUUUUCCCAUGCUAUUUAAGUCAAGUCAUGCUGAAAGUAAGACCAACUGUGGAACCACAGGAGACUCAGGAAGAUCAGCACACAUUUAUUAAAUGAAACUGCCACUUCAAGGUGCUUCUCUUGCAGCAGCUUACUUCAAGGUGGAUCGUGGACGUGCUUUAAGCUGACUGUAAUAUACCAGGCUUAGGAACAUUUUGGUAAAAGGGGAACAUGAUUAUGUUAAUAUCAUUAGUGUUUUCUAUGUGCUCAUCCUUGAGGAAACACUCAUUCAUGAACUUGUUUGUAUACUUCUGUACAUUAUCACUCCACUAUGAUCACGCACUUGUCAAGCCUUUCCUGAGAAUAAAUAUCUUUUCAUAUUCAA